AUGGGUGCAACAAGCAGUGUAAUUGGAAAAACAUUUGAAGCAAAUUUACAUAUUCUGGGUCAUAAUGAUUAUGAGACACUUGUCAUGAUUAAAAUAAUGCCUACUGAGCAGUUACAGAAUGACUUACUAAUCAUUGCAGUUAGAGGCAUAACUAAAGUCAGUGGUCAGAACUGUAAAUCUGAUGUUAUUAAAGAGGGUUGUUAUCAAGGCAUGCAGAGCAGCUCUAAAGAAAACUUUUACAUUUGUCAAGUAUCUUGUGAUACUGUGGAUGUUCAUAAUCACCAGAAAGGCUAUGUGCAUAUCUGUAAAAGUCAACAAGACAGCUUUUUUAAACACAUAGCGCUUACUGGAGAUAGAAGCCAUGUCAGAAAUCAUGUUUCACUCAGCAGAGUAGUUGUGAAAGAAGCUAAUGCUAGUAAAUGUUUAUACCAGUGUAGAGAAUUGGAAGACUUGAAGGUUAGUGAAAGUGAAGGUGUCAUAGACAAGGCUGGAGAGAAGUUUCCAGUAAUUCGUAUGAUGGGUGGUGCUGAAGAGGAGCACACCUGUGCGAGGCCUGAAGAGAAGUCCUUGGCCAAUGGCUUUGAUAAAUGCUGUCAGCUGGAGCUAAGAGCAAGUAAUGAAGAAACCACUGGCAGGAAGUCCGAAGUUGGCUUAGAGAACCACCUAGAUUUAAAGGAAGAUUCCAUCAAGCUGAUUGGUAACCAUUCAAGGAUGCAUAAACAUGAAGAUGGAGACCAGGAUCUCAACCACAAGAAGGUCAACAGUUUGGAUGAAAUGAGUAAUAUUCAGCAAAACAAUGGAACACUCAAGAAGGGUGAGUCUACAGAAAUAGUCUUGAAUGGCUUCAAAAAUUCAUUGGAUGAGAAUGCAAAUUACACUAAUGAAGAAGUCUUAAAAUUAGAGAAAGACAUCAAGGGAAUAAACCAUGAUACAGAGAAGAAAUCACACAGGGACAAAAAUCAGAGGAAAAAUGAUUGCAGUCAGAACUGGAUAACAGAGGAAGGAAAAGCAGCAGAGAAAUCAAAAGACAAUGAAUGUACUGAGAAGGUCAGUAUUAGCAAUACAUCAGUUCCUACAGGGAUGGAAUGCUCUGCCAAUGAAGCAGAGGAAGAUGCAAAGAAACUAAAGGCGAACAGAGAAACUGAUGUACUCACUCAUGUUGAGGCAAAUGGGACAAAUACGUGCUCUGAGACUGAACCGAAGAAAGAGGAGACUGAGGACAAUAUUGUGGGAGAGAAGCAUGCUGAGAAAAAAAUUAAAAAGGAAGAGCAUAAACAAAAACAUGACAACUUUAAAGCAGAUAAUCUCAAAAAAGAAAAGUUAGAUAAGGAGGAAUCUGACAAGAGAAAAGAAAAACACAAGCACAGAAAAGCAGGUGAAAAGGAGUCCUUCCACUCAGAAAAAGAUGACCUGAAAAAGAAACAUGACAAGCAAAAAAAAAAGGAAAAAAGAGAGAGAGACCGAGAGUUAUCAGAAAUGUUAGGGGAAAAGGUUCACAGAGAGAAAAGAAAAUAUGCAGACGAAGGCUGUGAUGAGGAAAAACAUGCAAAGAAGGCACCAAAACAUAAAGGAGAGAGAGAGGAGGAAGGUUUGCAGUUGAAAAUUGAAGAUGGCACAGAAAACGGAGAAAAAAAGAUCAAACAAAUAAAGGAUAUGUGCAGUGAAGACUCUAAUCUCCCCAUCAAGGAAGAAGAAAAGAAGAAACACAAAAGGAAGAGAGAAAAGGAUGAAGAAAACACAGAAUCCAGAAAGCGCAAACACAAGAAAACAGAGAGCCAAGCAGAAAAAGACAAAAAAGUGGAAGACAAAGCAUGGAAAUGGUGGGAAGAGUCUCAUUAUGAAGAUGGAGUUAAGUGGAAAUUUCUGGAGCAUAAAGGACCAUAUUUUGCUCCUCCAUACGAACCACUCCCAGAUAAUGUUCAGUUUUAUUACAAAGGUAAGGUCAUGAAGUUAAGCCCUGCUGCUGAAGAAGUUGCCACCUUCUAUGCCAAGAUGUUGGACCAUGAGUAUACAACUAAGGAUGCCUUCCGCAAUAACUUCUUCCAUGACUGGAAAAAGGAAAUGACUUCAGAUGAGAAGGAAGCGAUAAAGAAAUUGGAGCACUGUGAUUUUUCUGAAAUACAUAAAUACUUUGUGGAAAGGAACGAAAUCCGAAAAGCACUACCAAAAGAAGAAAAAAAGAAACUAAAAGAAGAAUCUGAGAAGCUUCAGCAGGAAUAUGGUUUCUGCAAUUUAGAUGGGCACGUGGAAAAAAUCGGGAACUUUAAAAUCGAACCUCCUGGUCUCUUUCGAGGUCGUGGUAACCAUCCCAAAAUGGGGAUGUUGAAGAAGAGAAUAAUGCCAGAGGAUGUAAUUAUUAACUGUAGCAAAGACGCUCAAAUACCCAAAGCCCCUGAUGGCCACAAGUGGAAGGAAAUUCGCUUUGAUAACAGCGUGACCUGGCUAGCCUGCUGGACAGAAAAUGUUCAGGGGUCAAUAAAGUAUGUGAUGCUGAACCCUAGCUCCAAGUUAAAGGCACAUACUGAAUAA